GAAAAUUUGUUUCUAAUUUCCAGAAAUGAAAUCUCAACUUGUUUUUACACUAUUUGUGGGUUUGGCCAUUUUGGCCCAAGUAUCCUAUGCCUUGAAAGAGGAAGACUGUGAAGUUUGUGUUAAGACCAUCCGCAAGUUUGCUGAAUCCCUUACCGAUGCCACCAAAAAAGAUUACAAAUUAAUCGAAACAGAGUUCAAAAAAUUCUGUAAGACACAGAAAAAUAAGGAACAAAGAUUGUGUUACUAUUUGGGUGGCUUGGAAGAAUCUGCUACUGGUAUCCUAAAUGAAAUGUCCAAACCCUUGAGUUGGUCUAUGCCAGCUGAAAAAGUUUGCGAAAAACUAAAGAAGAAGGAUUCACAAAUCUGUGAUUUACGUUAUGAAAAACAAAUUGAUUUGAAUGCUGUCGAUUUGAAGAAGCUCAAAGUACGUGACUUGAAGAAAAUCCUCAAUGACUGGGAUGAGACCUGUGACGGUUGUAUUGAAAAGACCGAUUUUAUUAAGAGAAUAGAAGAGCUCAAACCUAAAUAUGUUCAUAGUGAAUUAUAAGGAACAAAAAAACCACCAACAGUUCAAAGAA